CCCUCGCAGAAUGGUCAUACUACACCAUACACUGCGAAUAUUCUAGAUUUUAAGCGAAUUUUUGAUAAUUUAAGCGAGACCAAAACAAAAUAACCAUGGAGCAGUGCUACAACAGAGGCUGUGGCCAACUCUUCGAUCCGGCGACCAACAACGAUGAAUCAUGCCGGCACCAUCCGGGGGAUCCAUUCUUCCACGACGCCUACAAGGGAUGGGGCUGCUGCAACAAGAAGUCGGUGGACUUCACCGAGUUCCUCAACAUCAAGGGCUGCACUUUGGCGAAGCACUCGAAUGUCAAGCCUCCGGAGCCGGAGAAGCCGGUGAAGGAUGAAUCCGACAAGGAUGAGGUCAUCGAGGUGCGUGCCCCCAUCCGGGAGUCUCUGCCCCGGCCGCCCAUUGAAACCCCGUUGACUGUGCUCCAACCCACGGUGGCUCCCGCCUUAAAAGAGAUUGUUUUUGCGGCCCAAAUCCCAGUGGCCAAGAAAUCCAGCGAUGCCAUCGAAAUCGGAACCAGUUGCAAGAACAACGGCUGCACCUACUCCUUUGCGGGCACCAGCAGCGACUUUGCCGAAUGCACCUACCAUCCGGGAGUGCCCAUCUUCCACGAGGGUUUGAAGUUCUGGUCCUGCUGCCAGAAAAGAACCUCGGACUUUGCCCAGUUCAUGGCCCAAAAGGGUUGUGCCUACGGUCAGCACAAGUGGGUGAAGGAGAACGAGGACAAAAAGGUGGUGCAGUGCCGCUACGAUUGGCACCAGACGGCCACCAAUGUGGUUGUGGCCAUUUAUGCCAAGAAAUAUGACCACAGCCAGAGUCUGGUGGAGCUGAAUCCCAUCAGGCUGCACGUGAACUUGGUAUUUCCCGAGCAGGAGAACGCCCGGUUUGAUUUGGACUUGGAAUUAAGAGGGAUUGUCAAUGUGAGCCAAGCCAGUGCACAUAUGUACGGCACAAAAGUGGAGAUUACUCUGCCCAAACUGGAGCCUGGUUCCUGGUCCAACCUGAAUUUCCCCAACAAAAAGCUGCCAGCGGCCAAGAAGGGCCAGGAUGAAGAGAAGCCAAAGCACGAGGACAGCGACGAGGAGUUCUUCGACCUGGACGACAUCAAGUCGGAGACCCACUACCGUCUCUCGGAAAUGAGCUUGCAGAACCAAAAUAACUUAGAUUAAUAAACGAGUUGGCAUUUAAUGUUUAUAUACACAAUA